UUGGUUACAUGAUGAACAGAAUUCUAGAACGAAGAGCAUUUUCAAAUCACUGUCAUUAUUUUGAAUGGCUGAUUGAUUUUCAGGGCCUCCUGAUUUUGGCCACUGUGGUUGUGAAGUGUACAGGAGGAAGUUUUCGGAAGCUCUGAUCUGAUCUGAGAUGGUGCAAGGUGUUCCAAAUUCCACCUUGUUUUUCAUCAUAGUUUUGUGUGCUGCUGGGUGAAUUGCAAUGACUUAUGGAAAGCGAACUAAUACGGUAUAAGUUGGAAGUCAGCUAUGGAUGGACCCCAGAUAAAUCGUAGUCCUGAAAGGGAGCACGCAGACUGUGUUGCCUGGGCAGAGUCUGCGAUGAAGACAAACUCACGUAUUCGCAAGCUGCUAGAAUCCUUGGAGAGCCGUGGCUGUCCAAUGCGCAUUGGUGUGAACUUGCUGUGUGAGCGAUGCGAUCAGCCAGGACUGAAUGGCGGAUUUGAUGCUGAGCGUGCUGAGGCCGUGGUGUGUGAGAAUGCAGUGCGCAACGGACAGCAGGUGGAACGAGUACUGGCUCAUGAGCUGGUACAUGCGUACGACCACUGCCGAGCGCACGUCAACUGGUCGUAUCUGCCACACUGGGCAUGCAGCGAGGUGCGUGCGGCUGCCCUGAGUGGCGAGUGCAGCCUGACAGUGUCCAAGUUCAUGCAGACGGCUGCCGGCAUGAUGCCAUGGCGACUACACAAGGGAGGUGUUGACUGCGCCCGGCGACAUGCUAUCCGCAGUCUGCAGGCGCUGCGAUCGGAUCUGGAAAUGGCCGAGAUUGAAACGGCCGUCGACAGUGUUUUCGUGCCCUGCUAUUUAGACUCAGAACCGUUUGACGUUAUUCCACCGCUCACUCGACCCCUAGGGUGGAAGCCGCGCAAAUAAGCAGCUGCAAAAGAAUGUCGUAUCCCACACUUGGCUGGUGCUGCUCAACCGUCCAGAAUUAGGUGUGUUGAAAUACCAGCGCAAAUGCGUGGUCGCAUUCAGUACAUGUCACGUUAGAUCAGGUAAUUGUAAUUGGAAUGCCACUUGAUCUGAGUUGUGCUGUUCUCCGUACCGCCGUACUAUGACUAAAGGAUCCUCGGAUGAAGUUCAUUUAUUGUAGGUCAUUGCCAGCUUCUAAUGUACUUUUCUGGCCCAUUAAAUACACCCUGAUCGAGACACAAUCAAAAGUUGCCGCUUUUAUUACAGAUUUAGACCUAAUCUCUUCUCAAAACUUUGAGUGAAUUCUUCAAUCUUUUCCUUUAGACUUUUCGUGUUGGCAGGUACCAACACGAAUCAAAAUUAGAAACUUUCUGUAUUUUCUAGGGUGCUUUCUUCCAGGCUAUUUUUUGGAAAUUUUAGGAACACGUCCGGUGUACCAAUAUAUUAUUGUUUUUUUUCUUCUGUGACUUGUGUGCGUGAGAAUUGAUCAACGGAGGCA